ACUGCCUGUGAUACCGGCACAAAGGAGAAGUAGAGCAUAGUCUGAGUGUGAUGCGUGCUGAGAGAAUGCUCGGGAGGCUGUCAGAGUGAAGAGAGACAACCGGGGGAAAGAGAGAGAGAGUUACUGAGUGACUUCCAGAAACAGAGGGAAACCGUGAGACGCUCACAUUGUGACACACUCAAAGCUCCAGAGCUCCUUUGAAUGAGCCUGGUGGUUUGUGGUGAAGACCUUGUGAGAGGGGGAAAGCCAAUAACAACUUUGCCGCUUUCGGAACUGAAAAGGCCAAAAACACAGGACUCAGUUUUUGACAAAGAGAAAGGAUUUCGCCAUGUGGACAUCACUCUAUGGUGCCUGAAUGUGGAUUUGCCAUCAUUUCUUUUGUGGACUCAGCGGCUCGUGGUAAUUGUUUGACUGAUCCAUCUGCGUAAGUGAAGCUCAAUCUGCAACUUGUGGGCCUGCUCGGGAGACAGGACAGGGGGGAGGGGAGGACGCUCCUGCCUGAAUCUCUGUCCUCUGGGAGGGGUCUUUUCAAUAUGAGGUAACCCCCGAAAUAGCCACACCAAGACAGGGACUCAUGUUGACCAUGUGCAGCAGUCCUCUCUAACAUGGGCAGUUGUGUUGGAAAGAAACCUUUGUACCAAUGGCCGGAUUAUCAGAUGAGAGACUGUCUUUAAAUGUAUCGACUGUUCUGUGCUUUACUCUCCAUUCAUGGUGAAUUCAUUGUGCAGGGCAGCCCUUUCAUUAUAUAGCUAUUACAUAAGAGACACCCCUCGUCCCUCCACUCUUUGUCUCUCAGGAUGUACAACAGUACCCUCCCUCCCGACAACUUAACCCAGCACUGGGCUGAAAACAGCUCGGCAAACAGUUCUACCUGCGACAAGAACGAUGGGUUCAAAUACCCGUUGUACAGCACCGUCUUCAGCAUCGUGUUUGUGGUGGGACUGAUCACCAACGCUGUGGCCAUUUACAUAUUCACCUGCUCCCUGAAGCUGAGGAACGAGACCACGACCUACAUGAUGAACUUGGUUGUGUCUGACCUGCUGUUUGUCUUCACGCUACCUCUGAGGGUCUUCUACUUCAUCAACCAGAACUGGCCUUUCGGAGGCAUGCUCUGCAAGGUCUCCGUCUCGCUCUUCUAUACCAACAUGUAUGGCAGCAUCCUCUUUCUCACCUGCAUCAGUGUGGAUCGCUUCCUAGCCAUCGUGUACCCUUUUCGCUCAAGGGCGCUUCGGACCAAGCGCAACGCCAAGAUAGUGUGCGUUGCCGUGUGGGUGUUGGUGCUGUCCGGGAGUCUCCCCACUGGAUUCAUGUUGGAGACCACCUCACCCCACUACAACAAGACUAACGCCAUGUUCUGCUUCGAGAACUUCUCCUCCAAGCAGUGGAAAGCUCACCUGUCCAAAAUGGUGAUAUUCAUAGAGACGGUGGGCUUCGUCAUCCCGCUUCUCCUCAACGUGUGUUGCUCCAUCAUGGUGCUGCAGACUCUGCGCCAGCCCCAGACCAUCAGUCGUGGGGGGAAGCUGAACAAAACAAAGAUCCUGCGCAUGAUUAUUGUGCACCUCUUUAUUUUUUGCUUCUGCUUCAUCCCCUACAAUGUGAACUUGGUUUUCUAUGCUUUGGUCCGCACUAACACUUUAAAAGGCUGCUUUGUGGAGUCGGUGGUCCGGACGAUCUACCCGAUAGCCCUCUGCAUUGCUGUGUCCAACUGCUGCUUUGAUCCCAUUGUUUACUAUUUCACCUCGGAGACCAUCCAGAACUCCAUCAAGUGGAAGUCUCAGGUGAACCGUUCGUACGACGUCAAGUUCUCCGAGGCGCUGCAGUCAGAAACCAGCACCAACCUGCAGAGCAGCCUGAGGAAUCUCAAAGCUAAAGUCUUCCACAAUGAGUCGUCAGUGUGAUGGCGCGGUUCCUACGCACAACAUGAAAGGUAUUACAUCCAUCCAUCCUUCGAAAAAUGAACCUCCUUGAGACAACGGGAAGUUUAUUUGUUUUUGGUGUGCUUUAUGGAACACCUGUCAAAGAGGUAUUAUCUUCAUCUCAGGGCAAAUGUUUGUACUUGUCGCCGACAACCUCGGCGCUGCAGUAUUACUGCUACAUGCAUCUGUGGAUUGCUUAUUACUACUCACUCAUUUUCCUUUCCUGUGGAGUAUUUUGUAAAUGUGUUCAGCACAAUUACUCUGCAGGUGACUUUGAGGGAAUCUGAUCUUUGAACAAAAGGACAGUUCUGAUGUUGAAUGCUACUUUUGCCUGUAUAAUUGUACAUGUCUGUGGUAAGUUUUGGUGCUAACUUUAGAUUAGCAUCUAUUAAAUUAACAAAGUUAUAUCAAGAUAUAGAUUGUACAGGGCUUCUCUUUUUUUAAUUUUUUUUAUUGUGAAUUACAAAUAGGUCACCAAAGUGCCUUUUUUGUUCUUGCACCAUUUCAUUAUCGCCUAUGUCUUUAUUGACCAUUAAAUGCACUUACACAGAAUUCCAGUAUUCCAUACUGCUCCCAUGCCACAGUAAUGAAUAAAAGUCAAGUACUGUUUAAAAC